AUGAUGGAUCCUCCAGCUGGAACAAACCCUGAUUCACCACUUCCACCAGCUUCCUCGCAACACGAAGUGGCAACCUCAAGUUCAAACAAUAACGCUUAUAAUACACGCAAAGACCGCUCACUCUCACCAAGGACUGCAUAUCGUCGUUCUUCGUACUCACCUCGUCGUAGAAGUCCGUCUCCUCCGCCUGCUAGAGGAGGAGGCGGAGGCGGCUACAGGGGUAGCCGGGAAGAUAGGUAUAGAGAAGACAGAUAUCGGGAUGAAAAGUAUGAUCAUGAUGGUAGAGGUUACCGUGACCAUUUCUAUGGUGAAAGAAGAGGCCCUCCGAGAAGAAGUAAACCUGUUGAACGUGGCUCUGAUAAAGAUAGACGUGAUUCAACUACCUUGUACGUGGGAAAUCUUCCAUAUGCUUUUCGUGAACAGGAUGUUGCCGAUAUGUUUGAAAGAUACGGACGUCUCAGAAAAGUUACUGUUCAACUUGAUCAUUACACUGGUAGAAACAAAGGUUUUGCUUUUGUCGAAUUUGAAGACCGACGAGAUGCCGAAGAUGCAUAUGAUAAAUAUAAUGGAUUUAGCGUGGAAGGACGUCGAUUGAAAUUAGACUGGGAUAUUGGAUUAACCAAAAAAGAUCAACAUCGUCGUGAAAAACAUACUAAUUUUGCUGAUUAUGGACGCGCAUCCGAUACUUACGGACGUGGUGCAUCACCACCUCCUAUGCGUGGUUUCAGCCCCAACUACAGAACAGGUGGACGCUCUCCAAGUCCAUAUCGUCGAUAA